AGUGCUCAUUUGUUGCUAUUAUAUGUAUUGGAGUUCACAAUCAUCCACUUCCUCCACCUGAUAAAUUACCAAAUGGCAUUAAAAGUAACUUGCAAGCUUUAAUUGAACAAUCAAUUGAUGAUAACGAUACCACCACACCUGGUUCAAUUUUGUCAGCUUAUUUUGAUAAAGAAUGUCUACCUGAAGUACAUUCGUCAUUAAAUAAUACAGUCCCCGGCGAAAGUAAUGGCGCGUAA